AUGGUUAACUUGCUUCGUGAUAUUUAUCAAGAUACAAAAACAUUUACUUCAAACAUAACAGCUUCAGCUAUAAAAGAAAUGUGUGAAUCAAGAAAUAUGAUUGAUAAAAUAAAGAAACCCAAUGUUCUUUUUAUCAAAAAUAUAAAUGACUCUGAGAUAAUGAAUUUUGCUGAAAAAGUAGCAUCCAAAUUGCUUCAUGAAAAUUCAAUAAGUUCAAUGAAAACAAAUGAAGAAACUAGUUUAUUCGAUUCAACAACAGAUGGUGAAAUAUAA